AUGUUCCGUUUGGCGGUAAGAGUCUGCGCCAGGCCUGUUUUGCCCCUGCAGCAAGCUUCUAGGCGUUUUGCAUCAGCAACAAGCCCCCAAUUCAGCUGGGAGGACCCUCUCAACGCAAAGAGUCUCCUAACCGAGGAUGAGAUAGCCAUCGCCGAGACCGCAGAGCGAUACUGUCAAGAACGUCUACAACCGCGCGUACUAGAGGCAUAUCGCAACGAAGACUAUGACCCGAAGAUACUUGAGGAGAUGGGCGAGCUGGGCCUGCUCGGCGCCAACCUAGAAGGAUAUGGAUGCGCAGGCGCAUCGACGGUAGCCGCCGGUCUGAUCACCCGCGCCGUCGAGCGAGUCGAUAGCGGUUACCGUUCUGGAAUGUCUGUCCAAUCCUCGCUUGUCAUGGGUGGUAUUCAUGAGCACGGCACCGAGGAGCAGAAGGAGAAAUUCCUACCUGAAAUGGCCAAGGGCAAGCUGCUCGGCGCCUUUGGGUUGACCGAGCCCAACCACGGCAGCGACCCAGGCAGCAUGGAGACUGUCGCGAAGCCGCAUCCGACCAAGAAGGGCUAUUAUUCUCUGAGCGGUUCCAAGACUUGGAUUACCAACAGCCCUAUUGCUGAUGUGCUGAUGGUCUGGGCUAAACUACAAGAGACUGGGAAGAUCCGAGGAUUCCUGGUUGAGAGGAAGGACUGCCCCCCGGGCACUUUAGAAACACCAGCGAUCAAGAAUAAGACAGCGCUGCGAGCCUCCAUCACUGGAAUGAUCCAUCUGGACGGUGUCCCGGUUCCGGAAGCCAACAUGUUCCCACAUGUGGAGGGGCUCAAGGGCCCCUUCAGCUGCCUCAACAGCGCAAGGUACGGCAUAUCAAUGGGAGUGAUGGGGGCUUUGGAAGACAGCAUUUCCCGGGCUAGAACAUAUGCUCUCGAGCGCCGGCAGUUCAAGGGCAACCCGCUAGCCAAGUACCAGCUCAUCCAGAAGAAGCUGGCUGAUGCGGUGACCGAUGCAGCGUACGGGACAGUGGCAGCUAUACAGGUGGGUAGACUCAAAGAUGAGGGUAACGCGGUGCCUGAGAUGAUCAGUCUGGUCAAACGCCAGAAUUGCGAUGCGGCACUUCGAAACGCGAGAAUUCUCCAGGAAAUAUUUGGAGGCAAUGCUACAAGCGACGAGUACAUGAUCGGGCGGCAUGUUGCGAACUUAUUUGUAACCCAGACAUACGAAGGCCAAAGCGAUAUUCACAGCUUAAUCCUAGGAAGGGCUAUUACUGGCGUUCAGGCCUUUGUUUAG